AUGAUGACCAAAACAGGAGACCAGGAGUCUCCUCAGGCUUCGGCCUCUCAAGUCGACCAACCCAGCGUCCAGCGCGCUCCGCCCCCAGAAACCCCGGCCGCCCUCCAAACGCGAUUUCGAGUGAUAGCUGCCUUUUGGGCCGUAAUUAUUCUCCUUGGAUUUCCGAUAUGGUGGAAGACAACAUCAAUCUACCGGGCGUCUCUCCCCAUCGAGGAGAUGGUGGAUUGGGCUGAUGGCAAGGCGUGCCGACCAGUCUUCCCUUUGGAAAUUCACCUUGCGACACCUUCAAUGCAAUAUUUCGAGGCCCAGCACCUCCUCCGCACAACACAACAUACUCUCGAUGAUCUCAACGAGUUCGCAGCCCAUCACCUUCGACUUAAGUUGACCAACGGCACGACGGCAGUUCAUAAUGGCGACGACAGCCUAGAAAAUGUCCAAACCCCUGCGGAAGAGACAGCAGAUAUUGCAUUGACCGUCCAAUUACUGCCCCGGGAUGGCAUAGCAGGCCCUUGGUCAGAGCUCCAUGCAGCUGCGACGCAACUCGAUAUCUUCUACCCGCCGAGCCAGGUCCCCCGAUUGUAUGGCGAGGAGAAGGCUACUAUAGCGCACAUCUUGUCUGGAAAUACCGCUGGGCUUGACUCGACCUCACCACAACUCGCCGAAGAUAUCGACCGAAGACUGCGCCGGUCGAUGAAAUAUGCUGAAACCUACCACCUCUCCUUUUCACUAUUCACCCCCAAAUCCGAACCUUCCUCGUGGGACAUCGAAGCCGCGCUCUAUGCGAACUUUGCACCCACUGCGCCGAAGCCUGAGUAUGAUGAAUCCGAGGCGGCAUGGACAUUGAAGAAAGAAGAUCUAAGUGCCUUCGUCAAUGCUGCCGAGUGGCCGCUGAACCCGAGCAUCGGCAAUGGCCCGACAAUCAAUUUCAUCCUCUAUGUCCCAGACCCCUCGCAGUCUCCACUCAUUGUCAAGGAGAACCGUGCUUCUAGUUGGAUGGUUCCCCAAUGGGGCGGAGUUUUCCUCCUUAACCCGCCGCUUUCCAAUACCGAGCAGGGCCUGUCCAACCCCUCCCAUCUCUCCCAGGACUCUUUAGGUCCUGCAUUCAUGACAUUCUCUCACCAACUCCUCACCCUCCUCGGCACUCCAAGUACCCCUGCCUCCCUUCCACUCCGUCUCCAGACAUCUAUCCGCAUUCGCGCGGCCACUUUGUUGCUCUCUGCCUCAUCAACAAUGGGCUCGCUUGCCCGUCUUACUGAGUCUUUACCCUCCAUCCCUAUCCCAGCAACCGUGGCUACUUCGGUCUCCACCACAAUCUCUCAUUUGGCUGCCUCCUGUGCCCACUUGCGAGAAGGUCGUUUCGGCGCUGCGCUUGCCAGCGCCCGAGUUGCAGAGACAGAAGCUGAGCGUAGCUUCUUCGAAAAGAGUAUGGUGGGCCAGGUCUAUUUCCCAGAUGAGCAUAAGGUGGCGGUUUAUCUGCCCCUUCUGGGCCCAAUUGGUGUCCCUCUUGUUGUUGGGUUGCUCAAAGAGCUCAAGAGAAUUGCCGCUCGACGCAAGGCGAAGGGGGCAGCAUCGUAG